AUGGAUAACCUAGUUCAACAGACUGCGACUCUCUCGGUUUCUGUCGCGCAGAGCCGCUUCCACAAGGACGCCAACAACGACCCGACCAGCAAAGAUAUAGACAUCAAGGAUCUGACCCUCGCAUUGGGUCAACGCGAGCUACUGUCACAUGCAGACUUGCACCUGCAAGCAAACGAACACUACGUACUGGUCGGGCGUAACGGGAGCGGGAAGUCGACAUUACUCCGUGCUCUCGCGGAUGGUCAGAUCCCGGGCGUUCCCAGCGGCAUCAGGAUACUACUCCUCAGUCAACACAGUCUCGAGGUCGCAGGAGCAGCUAGCAAGGAUGAAAGGGACGAAACGGUGCUACGACAUGUCAUCCGAAGUGACAAGUACCGCGAGAAGCUCCUCGCAGACCAGAAGACCCUUUCAGCCGCAUUUGAAUCUUCAGAUGACGCAUAUGCGCUAGUUCGCGCGGAGCGAGCGCUGGUGCUACGAGAUCUCAAGUUGCGCCUGGCCGAAGCGCGGGAGGUAGCCGCAUACAGGAGUGGAGCGCGCGGCAUCAAGGCGCGCAAAGAGCUCAAGGUCCUCGAGGGAGAAGUGCAGGCCGCUGAGACCUCCUUCUCGCGCCCAGAUGAUGAGCUCGCGCCGGAGGAAGUGGCUCAAGCAACCUCUGCUGCAUCGGAUCGAUUGGCGGCCGUCGAGAACACAUUGGCUGCGAUAGACUCAAGCUCUGCAGAUGCGCGAGCGACGUUGAUCCUUCGAGGUCUUGGGUUCAAGCAGGAGGCCAUCGAUGGCAAGUUCACAAGCUUGUCCGGGGGAUGGCGUACGCGUUGCUUGAUAGCUGGCGCGUUGUUCCAAUCCAGCGAUGUGCUUCUCCUGGACGAGCCCACGAACUUCCUCGAUCUGCCCGCGAUCAUCUGGCUACAGACAUACAUCGAGGGCUUAUCAGAUAAGACUGUCGUGGCUGUCACUCAUGACCGAGCCUUUGCCGAUGCAGUCGCUUCUACGUUGCUCGUCCUGCGCGAACAGACCUUAACUCCCUUCGCUGGCAACCUCUCGACGUAUGAGCGUGAGCGACACAAACACGCUAAGUACAUGUCGCGCAUGAAGGAUGCGCAGGACGCCUCAGCUAAGCAUAUGCAAUCAACGAUUGAGCGCAACAUCCAAGCAGCGCGUCGUACUGGAGAUGACAAGAAGCUCAAGCAGGCCGCGUCUCGCCGCAAGAAGCUGGAAGAGCGUUCGGGCCUUGAAGUCAGCGCGAAAGGCACCCGGUUCAAGCUCAACCGCGACCUGCCAGGAUUCCAUCUCACCAACCGCGCCGAGAUCGAGAUACCAAAGUUCGACCCGCCAGUCAAGCUGUCACUACCGACACGCCCUCCAGAGACACGCAUCGCUGGCAGUCUCGUAUCGCUCGAGAACGUAUCCUUCUCCUACACGCCCCGCGUGAAGCCCAUCUUGCAGGAAGCUACUCUUGUGGUGCACCCCGGCGAGCGCAUCGGUGUCGUCGGUCUCAACGGCGCGGGAAAGAGUACCCUCAUCCGACUCGUUCUUGGCCCAAGUCACUCUGACGGGCUGCGACCAUCGCGUGGUAGUGUCUCUCAUGACCCUCGCGCGCGUAUCGCAUGUUUCUCUCAACACAUCGUCGAAGAGCUUGAGCGGCGUGGCGUGGCGGACCCGACCUUGACGGCACUUAGAGAGAUACAAGGUCGUGGCGACGGUCUUCCGGAGCAACAGGCGCGGGCGCUGCUCGGAGGACUCGGAGUAUCUGGGCGAACAGCCAGCGACGUGUCUCUUGCCGCGCUCUCCGGUGGCCAGAAAGUGCGGGUGGCGCUUGCAGGUCUACUUGUGACCCCACCGCACCUCCUCGUACUGGAUGAGGUUACCUCACAUCUCGACGCAGACACUGUCACCGCGCUUGCCCGCGCGCUUCGUGGAUAUCAGGGAGCGCUGCUUAUAGUAAGCCACGAUCGGUACUUCGUGAAAACGGUUGUGGAGGGGGAACCUCUUGAAGUUCGAGAGGACGAAGACGAGGAUGAAAGUAGCGGGGAUGAAGACGACGCUACUUCACCAGCGGGGAGAGUGCUUUUGGUCGCGGCCGGGAAGUUGAAGAAGUUGGACGGUGGCAUGUCGGAGUAUGAGCGGAAAUGCGAGCGAAUAAGCGCCAAGUUGGCGAGUGUCAAAUAG